AUGGCUGACGAUUUGGAGCGCGACAGUGGUGGCGCCAAGGUGACAACAAAUGGGGGAACCAAGAAACGGCGGGUGCAGAGAGCGUGCGACUUGUGCAGACGAAAGAAAAUUAGAUGCGACGCAAUGUCCAUGGCCGACCAACGAUGCUCGAUAUGCCUCGCUGCUAAUGUUUCCUGUACUUAUCUUGAGGAGGCCAAGAAAAAAGGGCCGUCUAAAAAGUACGUACUUGAGCUGGAGACCAAGGUACAGAAGAUGGAGAAACUCUUACAUGCGAUGCUACCGGAAGAGGAGCUUGAAGCGUUUCUAGACGACAAGUCUAGCUGGAAGCACCGUGAUGACUUGCCGCAACGCGCCGGCACCGUUGAGGACUUCACCACCGAAAUAGAACACAAAUACCUUAUAGAACCCGAGCACGUUUUCCUGGAGCAAGCUUCAGAACACUAUAAGGAUCAAACCAUGGGCUUUCGAUACGUGGGUAAAUCAAGUGGCAUCCAGUUGAUCCAAUCGGCCGUGGAACUCAAGUAUGGGGUUAGAGAGAACGAUCCUUUCCAAUUCCCCCGCGGUAGGCCGGAGUUUUGGCAGACACGUCCUUGGAAAACGGGCCAGCUUGAUCAUUUUGUGACUGGUGCAGGAUUCACAUUUCCUCCUGAUGAUCUUAUAUGGUCUUUGGUCGACAUCUAUUUUGAACGCUUUAAUGUCCUCGUCCCACUCCUACAUCGACCGACGUUCGAAAAGUUGAUUAGAGAGAAACAGUACCUCCGGGAUCACAUGCUUGCUUCUUUGCUCUUGCUAGUCUGUGCUGUGUCAUCGAGGUAUUCGGAUGAUCCGCGCGUUCUGGUCGAAGGAGAGGAGUCGAAGCAGUCCAGUGGUUGGAAAUGGGUUCAUCAAGUGAUGGAUACUCGUAAUUGCAAACCGUUAUUAGGCGCGCCGUCAUUGUACGACUUGCAAGUCCUCUGUCUCUUUUCGGAGUUUCUGAUGGGCUCUUCGGUAUUUCAGCUGUCGUGGACUAUCGUGGGGAUUGGCAUUCGGUUGGCUCAGGAUGCGGGCGGCCAUCGACGGAAGGCGAACAACGCACCCAAUACUGUCGAGGCUGAAAUGUGGAAGAGGGCGUUUUGGAGUCUCAUUUAUAUGGAUCGGUUGAUUAGUUCUCUCAUGGGGCGGCCACUCGCUCUGGGCGAUGAAGAAAUCGACAUCGACCUCCCUACCGAAUGUGAUGAUGAGUAUUGGGAAGCCGCUGACCCGAACCAGGCUUUCAAACAGCCAGCUGGAAAACCAUCCGUGGUAUCAUACUUCAAUUGCUGCCUCAGACUCAGUCGAUUGUUGACCUUCUGUCUGCGCACGAUCUACUCGAUAAAGAAGUCAAGAGUCUUGCUUGGUUUUCUUGACCCGAAUUGGGAAUCUGAGGUGGUUGCAGAUCUAGAUUCAGCACUUAACAAAUGGAUUGAUACAAUCCCUGCACAUCUACGAUGGGAUCCGAAUCGCGCCAAUCUAGUUCAUUUCAAUCAAUCCGCGUCGUUGUAUAUGUUGUACUAUCACCUCCAAAAACUAAUUCACCGGCCGUUUAUUACAAAGUCACAAGAUUCAAAUUUUCGAUUUCCUUCACUUGCGAUAUGUACCAACGCUGCUCGUGCGUCUUCACAUAUUGCAGACCUGCAGCGUCGUCGCGCUGGAGUAGUCCCUGUCAUUGGUUUACUGGCAUUUGAUGCUGGGAUUGUUCUUCUGUUCAACAUUUGGGGCGGGAAACGCUCAGGCUUGUCCUUGGACCCUUACAAGGAGAUGGACGACGUCCACAAGUGUAUGAAGGUUCUGCGCAGUUUGGAUUCACGGUGGCAGUUUGCUGGACAACUAUGGGAUAUCCUGUACGAACUGGCAUCUGUGGGUGAUUUACCAUUGCCCAACAACACGCCCUCCCCUAGCAACAAGCGAGGGCGAGACGAGGAUGAAGAUGAAGAGCAAACAAGCACCGAAAGCUCUGGGUAUUCCUCUGAACCUUACCCCUUGCCCGAUGGUCCGCAGGACGUGUCAAAUUUCGAUUGGCCUAUCGAACACUCGGUUCCGCUGCAGACUUUUGGGCUAGACGUACCUCUGGAGUCUCUACAACUUCAUGAUGUUCCUUUACCCAUGAACAGCGCAGAACUUGGACGGGGCAAUCCUACUGGCAUGCCAACAGCGGCGGAGGCUACGUAUUAUUACGACAGCAGUGAUCUCUUUACGGCGGACGAUUCCCAACCGAUUCCGGAGGGAAUGGCAGGCAUGUGGACGACGGACGACCGUGCUAUGGCUAUGUGGAACAGUGUUCCCAAUACGUUUGAGAUGGACGAUUGGAAUACCUACUUGACCAGCUUCAACGACCUUUCUCAUCGGAAUUGUCAGUAA